UGUACUACCUGACCUUCAUAAUCCGAGACCCAUCAGGUGGUAAAGACUCCACGAGACUUGUGCCACUGUUUCGUGAGCUGAGACCAGAGCGAAAAUGCCUGGAAUACAUGUACGAACAUUUAGCAAUUGUGGUUGGGUCGAGCGGGAAAGGGAACCAACACUAACGGUUCCAGGAUCCUACUGGCUCUGCUGCAAGCAGAACAUCUACAAAUUCACCUUCAAGCAUCACAAGACCUCAAAGUCAUCCCAGGACUUCAGUCAUGCACGAGAGCUAAUGAAGGUCGUCAGGAAGAUAAUAAAGCUCCAUCCACGCCAGGGCCAGCAGUUUUGCACCCGUCACCUCCUAGUGACGUACAACCACGCGUCCUGGACUCGUCAAGACAAAAUGUUCGCGAUGCUGAAGUUCCGAGAUCAUCCAGAGGCCAUAGCCUAUCCCCACGCAUUCAUCCUGACCAUAAAAAAAACCUCGACAGACUCACACUUCAAGUCACCAGCUCCACGAUCACCAGGAGGUACUGACACCUCGACAGACUCUUCCACGAGUGCUCAUCAGAUUGUGCCACCCCCGAAGAGAUUGAAAUCGGCGUCCUUCUUCGGGGAUCUGUCACUGCCUCUUGUGGAGAAGUAUCUGCACGAGCAGAAAGACACACCAGGGCCCGAGGACGAUCACCAGGUGAUGAAUGAUGUCCAGGAGACGGUGGAUAUGCCGUACCAAUAUCUGAUCGAGCGAGAAAUCGAGAAGACGAAGGCAAAAAUUGAGACAAAAAUUUCAGGAUCCAGGCGAUACCUCGAGGAAGCCCAUCACCAGAGCAACGAGGUGACGUCGUCUAGAGGGAGGAUAACUCCUGGCUCAUCCCCCAGUGAUUCAACACCUAGAUUAGAUAUCACUGAUCUCGUCAUGGAGGGUCUUAUGUUUACGAUACGACAGGACAAGGAUUCCGUCACUGUUGUCGAGCAGAAGACCAAGUUAGAGCCCGAUGAGGUCCUCGAGAACUCGGAGAAGGUCGAGGGAAGAACUGGGGAAUGUCUCGUUAACUCUAGUCUCUUGAAACUCGAGAAUCUCGUGGGGAAAAUUGAAAUUGCAGAGAGAAAGGAGAGACUUCCAUUUUUCCUAGAUCCUGGACCACCCGGGGAUCUUCCUGGGGAGGAGCCUGAGGGUAGGGAAAUCCUUGUGAGGUCGACGAGCCCUCGAGACAUUCUCAAGGAUGAAAGACCUGGGGAGAAGGCACCCCAGGGGCAAAAAACGAGAAAGAAAAUGAGGAAGAGAGAGAUAAGAUCCCAUUCUGCUGAGAGUGCUCUCAAGGGCUCCAGGAUCACGUCCUCUAGCUCCUCGAGUUCGUCCUCUGGGUCUGAGGGAGCUAGGGAGAAGUAUCUUGAGGCCAGCCCCAAGGGAGAACACCUGGCGGACCCUGGAGAUGAGAAAAUUGAGGAAGAGGAUAUUAUCCCGGAGGUGCUCCAGACUGAUAAUCCUGUUGGGGAUUUUCAGAUCAGACAGAAGGUCACGAGUCCUCUCAUGGAUGACGGGAACUUCGAGAGGAGUCCUGGGAGUCCUGGGAGCCCCAGGAGUCGACCCAAAGUCCUCUCCAGUGAAAUUGUUCAGUAUGAUCUCUCGUUGUUGAGGUCAGCGCGAACCAGGAAGAACCUCUUCGCCGAGGUGGCAAGCACAGGACAGCCGGAGGACGUCGAAUCCCUCGGGGAUGGGGAGCUCUCCUCUCAGGCGAGCGACACGACGAAAUCUCAGAGAAUUCUUCCAGAAAAUAAUGACGUCAGGGUCAAUCUACUCAAGUUUGUUGAUGACAUGACGUUGGGGGUCAGAGUUGUAGUUCAACGGCUAGACAUCACCAGUUUGUCUAGAUUCGGGGGGAAUACGUGCUCUGGAGAAGUUGUCUAGGAUAUGGGCUUUAAAAGAAAUUUAACUUCAAGAUUUUCAGGGGAAAAUCUUGUAGAAUUAAAAUUGCAAUCACAUUGUCGAGAUAAAUCGGUAGUUGAAAAAUCUUUGUUUUUCUUAGAACAAUUAAAUUUUGUACAUUUUUUUAGUUUAAUCCAUCCUUGAUCAAUUAUACAAUGAAACCAUUGAAAAUGAUUAAUUAUCGGUUUAUCCCGGAGUUUAGAGAGGAAAAUGUUAAAGGAAUUUUUCGUAAUUGGUUAAAUUUUUGAGGAAAAAAAAUUCUUCGACGUUUGACGAUAAAUUACCGCCCAUAAAUUAUUAAUUACAUGUGAUAAAUUAAUUGGAAUAAUUCGAAAAUGUGAUGAGAGGUAAUUUCUGUUGAAGUCAUUGACAAAAUUGAAUUGACACAAUUUUGCGAGGCGUUCUGUCAUACAAUAAGUUUAUUGUUUAUCAUUAUUAUCAGUUAAUUAAAAGUAGUUAUCAAUUA